CUCCAAGUGGGAAUUAAGUGCAACAGAAACUCCUAACGAAACAAACCCCAUGGAUUGAGAAAAUAUUGUUCGCAUGGCGUUUGCGUAAAAGGACCUUUAAAAGCCCGUUUACCCAUCAUCUACGCUUACACGUAUAACACCCGCACAUUAUUAAACGCUUCGCGCCAAAACAUCCCAGAAACAAAUUUCGGACCUGUUGAUUUUUCCAUUGUGUCAUGUUCUGAGAUUUUUCCGGUUCGAGAGUUAAAUUUUCUUGUAUAUCCUUAGAGAUGAGGGGAAUGUUGUUUUGCUUGUUUUUGAUCGCUCUUAGCGAGGGGUUUCCCAUAGGACGACCUGCGAUGCUCUUGGACGAGUUUCCCGAUUAUCAGCUAGGCGUCAGAUAUGAUGAAUAUCCGUUAAUUGUGCCGAAGAAGCGUACAGCUCUUUUAGUAAAUAGACUGAUGGUAGCCUUAAAAGAAGCUAUCGAUGAGGAAGAAAGGAGUAGUAGCUUAGGACAAUUCCCUUCAAAAUCUAGUAAAAUUUAUCCCGAAUCGGAAGACGACUUACGAUCAUCGAUGGAUUUGCAACGAAGAGGACAUGGUAACAUUGGACAACAGAAAGGAAGAAAUUAUUGGAGAUGCUACUUCAACGCAGUCACAUGUUUCUAGACGAAAAAUAUCCA